AGAAGUAACGCUGAAGGUCCAUGUAAGCGAUGCCAGCACACAUCAGCCAGUAACUGAAGCCUUCAUUGAGAUUUUUACCAACCAGAUCUCCAUUGCAUCUGGAACCUCAGGAGCAGAUGGCACUGCCUUCCUCAAGUUUCAGUAUAAGUUGGGCAAUCAGCUGAUAGUGACUGCUAGUAAACAUGCAUAUGUGCCAAAUUCUGCACCAUGGAAACCUGUAAGAUUGCCUGUGUUCUCCUCACUGAGUCUCGGCCUUCUUCCUGAGCGCUCAGCUACUCUGAUGGUCUAUGAUGAUGUAGUCCAGAUUGUCUCAGGAUUUCAAGGUGCACGGACUCAGCCACAAGUUCACUUUCAGAGAAGAUCUGUGAAAUUACCAGAGAACACUAGCUACAGUGAUUUGACAGCAUAUCUGACUGCAGCCAGUUCACCCUGGGAAGUGGACAGUUUUCCUUAUUUGCAGGGAUUAGAUGGAAAUGGAACAGGAAACAGCACUAGGUAUGACCUCACCCCUGUCACUGCAGUCAGUGUUCAUCUCCUCAACAGCGAUGGGACUCCAAUCCCCGUGAAUGGCCCCAUCUAUGUAACAGUGCCUCUGCCAACAAACAGCAACUUGAAGCACAAUGCAAAUGUUCCAGCAUGGAGGUUUGACCAAAAAUUUGGGACAUGGCUGAAGAGUAGUUUGGGCCUUGUACAACAAGAAGGAAAUCAGUUGACUUGGACUUAUAUUGCACCUCAGCUGGGCUACUGGGUUGCAGCUAUGUCACCUACUAUGCCAGGUCCCGUUGUAACACACGACAUUACCAGCUAUCACACAAUGUUUCUUUUGGCAAUUUUAGGCGGGAUGGCUCUCAUACUUCUAGUCUUGCUGUGUCUCCUUUUGUAUUAUUGCAGAAGAAAAUGUUUAAGACCACGUCAGCAUCACAAGAAACUGCAACUUUCCACAGCACUGGACACUUCUAAGAAGGAUCAAGCAACCUCUAUGUCCCAUAUAAAUUUAAUAUUUUCACGUCGCGAGUCAGAAUUUCCUGGUGGGCUGUCUGUUGCUAGCAAUGGACACACUGAAAACUCAGGUGCAAAGGAAUUAAUCAGUGCUGUCCACAUGGAGAUGGUAUCACCUAGUGGAGAAGCAGAUAUGCAUACACCCAUGCUCAAACACUCAUUCAGUACUUCCCAGGAGUUUAGCUCCCGAGAGGAACUGCUCUCUGACAAGGAGAAAGACAAGAGCAGAAUUUCCUUGGAUGACCUGACUCCCAGCGGGUCUCUGAGAAAAGACUACCACAAAUCAGCAGAUAGUUUUCCUUUAAAGCCAAGAAAAUCUACAGAAACAGCUGAAGGCUAUGAGUCCCCUAUCAAAGACGAGUAUAGGAGAAGUUACAAUGCUAUGCUGUCUCAGCCUUUAUUUGAAAAGCAAGAGAGAGAAAUUCAAGUAUCUAUGAACCAUAUUGCUACUGGAAGUAAAUACAAUAUUCAGGAACAAAUAUACCCCACACCUUCAGCCCCUGAAAAAGAGCUGCUGGACUGCAGACCUACUGAUUGUAUGAUGUCUCGUUCAGUUGAUCACCUUGAAAGACCUACAUCUUUCCCUCGACCAGGUCAGUUAAUCUGCUGCAAUUCUGUUGACCAAGUCAAUGACAGUGUUUACAGAAAAGUUUUGCCUGCAUUGGUCAUCCCAGGUCAUUACAUGAAAUUGCCAGGAGAGCACCCUUUUGUUAGCCAGCCACUGGUUGUCCCAGCUGACCAGCAGAUUGAUAUAGAAAGACUUCAGGCUGAGCUUCCUAACCCUCAUGCACGGCUUUUUCCACACCCCCCCCAACAGCUGCAACCCCAACAGUUAGCAUCCCAAGCAAUAUCUCAGCAACAUUUGCAAGACACAGGUGCAGCUGAGUGGAGUCAACAGAAUGCUUCCAUGUCUGAAUCUAUUUCCAUUCCUGCCUCACUUAAUGAUGCAUCCCUGGCUCAAAUGAAUAGCGAAGUGCAGCUUCUUACAGAAAAGGCUUUGAUGGAAUUAGGAGGUGGAAAGCCAUUGCCUCAUCCUCGGGCAUGGUUCGUUUCUCUAGAUGGACGUUCAAAUGCUCACGUUAGACAUUCAUACAUCGAUCUCCAAAGAGCUGGUAGGAACGGGAGUAACGAUGCCAGUUUGGACUCUGGUGUUGACAUGAAUGAACCAAAAUCUGCCCGAAAGGGAAGAGGAGAUCAUCCGUCUGUGCCACAGAGUCACCCACCAGUGCAAGAGCACCAGCAGAGAGAGCGGAAGGUUUCAGAUAGCACAGCUUACACACAACUUGUGUACUUGGAUGAUAUGGACCAAAGUGGCAGCGAGUGUGGAACAGCAGUUUGUAGCCCUGAGGACAAUGCUCUACGAUGCCUACUAGAAGGCACUGGUAAGAGAAGUGGUGUGCAGCUGCCCAGCCUGCAGGAGGAAACAAGAACUGUGGACACCAAACCAGAGCCAUUAACUAGUCCUGAACAUGGAACAUCAGUUCAAGAUGAGGAGGAGGAUGAGGAGGAUGAGGAAGAUGACCAAGGUGAAGAUAAGAAGAGUCCUUGGCAGAAACGAGAGGAAAGACCACUAAUGACUUUCAAUCUAAAGUGAGCUAUUGUGAAAAUCCACCAUUCAGUGGAGUAUAAAAUUGCCAAAUAUUCUUUCUGUGGAAGUGCUUGAUUUUUCUUUUUCUUUUUUUUUUUUUUUUGUUGUGGAGAGAAAAGAGAAAAACAAACUGUGGUGAGCAACAUUUGAAAGAACUUAAAUGCAUUACUGUGUAAAUGUUAGAAAAGAAUUAAAAUCAUUCCUCUGAUUUAACAGCUGCCUCCAGUGAGAUAGCUGAACAAAGAGUGUGAUUGUUAUUCCAUAUACUUGAUAUUGGUCAUCCAGGAUGUUGAAAAUACUGACAAAUUGUUUUGGUUGGUUUAUGACCUCAAUCUCCUUGUGAAUGGGAGCUGGUAAAGCUUUUGUUUUGUAGGCCAAUUUUAUGUUGAUAAUGCUACUGAAAGUAUCUUAAAAACACGAGUUUGACACAUGGUGUCCAAAAUUGUGCAUUAUCUCAAUGAAAGGCUAUGCAUUGCUGCUUUUAGUAAUAUUUUGCUUAUACUAUGCUUUUCUUAAUUUUACAAGUUGGUUGUAAACAUUUUAUGUCCUUUAUUAUAAACUACUCAGCAAUUUAUUUUAAUGUAAAACUGCAGGAAACUUGAGUAGCAUCCCUUAGCAUUGAAGCCUUUUUUACAGUAACAAUGAACAGUCCCUUCUUUUGCUAACUCCUUUUAAUUGACCCCAUUUGGGAUUUUAUAAACUUCUGAACUUCUACCUUUUAUUUUAAGCUGCAUGCCAAGAGUCCCAUUUUGUGCUGAGCAUUUCUCAUUUCAAUACAGUGUAUUCUG